AGCUCGCUCAUUUGCCUCUAGAUAAGAAACAGGCAGCUGAAAUUGCAUUUCUCUCCACAUGACAGGGGGUUUCAGCUGGGAGAGUAUACUUGAAUAUGUAUCCAGUUACAACCCCCUGGACUCCGGCGUUGAUUCGGCCUGCGAAGGUUUUGCCUGCUCCAGUUUUACCGGCGCUGGCUUGGCCCUCUCAGUUUUACUCUUCGGCCAGUCGAUUGCAGAAUAUGGAUAUGUAGGUUACUUGGUUUUGUUUAUCCAAAAGCAAGGGAUGUACAGCCUCAAAACUUCAGUGAUCGUCGCGAAUGUGCAAAAAGGAUUUGGAGCACUUUUUGGCGUUUUUUUGGUAUACAUGGCAAAAUUCCGCAUGGGUCUCGCCAGAAUGAUCCUCUACACCUAUGCAACUUUCAUCUCUGGUUCUCAGCUAUUGUGGUUUAGUCCAUCCAAGAGAAGCUCGCGUCGGUCUCUUCUUGGUGUACAACUAUUAACGCUGAGAGCGGGUUAUGCAGGAGAAAAAUCUACUAGUUAUGUGUACGGAAAUGAGCUUAAAAAGGCCGAGCAAAGGUCACGGCAAAGGCCAAGGCAAGGGCCAAAAGAAGAUUCGUUACCACCUCAAUCUCCAUGUUCAAAACAAAUUUGCGGAACCAAACCAGGAUGUAUGUGUUGUCAUCUGGACAAUCGGUUAAUUGGGUGUAUAGCACCAGCUGCAACUGCAAGAGAAGGUUGUGUAAGCCUUUUUUUGGGGGAACAAUACAAUUGGAGACCACAUGUAUGUCCGAUAGUGAAAGAGGGAGCCCGAGAAGAAGGAAUACGCACAUGUUGCUGUCUGGAGUCAAGUUGCACAGAGAAACAGAAUAGCGGGGACUCAUCAGUAAAAGAUCAGAAAAAAAAGUCGGUGAAGAAGGGUCCACAGGACACAGAGGAAGAGAUGGAUUGUAAGUCAAUAGAGCUACAGCAAGAAAAUGCGGAAAAAAUGAGCAAUCGUAUAAAAAAAAAGUUAUUUGCUGCUAAACUUCCAGGGACAAUCUUGGGUACAGUGCUUGCAGCAGUGUUUUCUACUGAAGUUUUCAUCAAGAUUUCAACAGCAGUGGCGAUAAUCUGUUAUAAUUUGUUCUUCUGGAUGGGGGCUCAAUGUUACGACCUUGGUGAAAUGGAAAAUGAUAUAACGAAUGAAAACAAAUCUGGUGAAAUGAAGAAACAAGAUAAAAAGGGUGAAGAGAAAAUUGAUGGAAAGUGUGGAAAGCAUAUUCCAGUUGCCUUAGUUCCAGAGCUGACUCUUUCUUCAUGGAACAAGUUGAUUAUCUAGAGAAUAAUACCCAAAGCUUCAAGAUUCCUAAAUCCGUUUUCUAUUCCUUUCCGGAGCUUGUCUCCAAAAUAACCGAGCAGGUGUGCCGUUGUCUAAUCAAACAGUACCAUGAUA